CAAAAAAAAAAUUAUCACGUCCUGUUCCUUUAAAAAAGCAAGCAGCCCACGCCUCAACAAAGCGGCUUGUUCCGGCUUGCAUCUUUUCAUGCUCGCUCGCCACAUUCAAACUGUGCCCAACGGCUCCUCUGUGGCUCGCAGUCGUUUUUCUCUGACGCUCAACUGCGGGCGAUAGCAGCGCGUCUCGGGCCCUCGGAGUCGCGCCACGCUAGUCCGCCUGCGAGGCACCCGUGGCCGGCUGAAUAGGUUCCAUCAGCGGCGCAGCGAUACGCCACCAUCCGAAGGCUUCCUCGGCCGUGGGAGGGCAGCAAGUGUACCACCUGAACCAAAGUGCUUUGCCUUGCCUCGGGACUGACCUCCAAUCCUCGUUUUUUUUUAUCUUUGCCAUCUUGAUGGAGGAAUGUGAAGACGUUUGGGCCAUGAAGAUGUGCGUCAGUCUUUACCGGCAGUGGCCUGCUGCAGCCUGUUGAGAUGCAUUCCCCCUGACCCAGCCGGUGCCUCCGCUUCGGAGCCGGGAUGCCGGUGCAGGCCGCCCAAUGGACGGACUUCCUGUCCUGUCCCAUCUGCUACAACGAGUUCAACAGCAGCGGCCACCAGCCCGUCAGCUUGGGCUGUUCGCACACCGUGUGCCGCAGCUGCCUGCACAAGCUGCACCGCAAGGCCUGCCCCUUCGACCAGACGCCCAUCAGCACGGAUAUUGACCUGUUGCCCGUCAACUGUGCCCUGCUGCAGCUUGUUGGAGCUCAGAUUCCAGACGCGCAGCCAGUCAUCUUGAGCAGCGCGACAGAUGUUGGACACUAUGAGGCCUGCAAGGUGUGUGUGGAAGAGCUGGCUCUUUACCUGAAGCCAAUUAGCUCCACGAAAGGUGUGGCGCCACCGAGUCCAGGCGCGCUCAGCCGACCCAUGCAAAGGAAGCUGGUGACGCUGGUCAACUGUCAGCUGGUGGAAGAAGAAGGCCGAGUGCGGGCUGUACGGGCGGGUCGCUCGCUAGGGGAGCGGACGGUGACAGAGCUCAUCCUGCAACACCAGAACCCCCAGCAGCUGUCCACCAACCUUUGGGCUGCAGUGAGAGCGCGGGGAUGCCAAUUCCUUGGGCCUGCCAUGCAGGAGGAUGCCCUGAAGCUGGUGCUGUUGGCUCUGGAGGACGGAUCCGCUCUGUCCCGGAAGGUGCUUGUGUUGUUUGUUGUCCAGAAGCUGGAGGGGCGCUUCCCUCAGGCCUCCAAAACCAGCAUUGGCCAUGUGGUGCAGCUCCUCUAUAGGGCCUCCUGCUUCAAGGUGACAAAACGGGACGAAGACUCUUCGCUGAUGCAAUUGAAGGAGGAGUUCCGCACGUACGAGGCUCUCAGGAGAGAACACGACGCCCAGAUUGUGCACAUCGCCAUGGAGGCUGGCCUCCGCAUCUCUCCCGAGCAGUGGUCCUCUUUGCUUUACGGGGACCUAGUACACAAGUCGCAUAUGCAGUCCAUCAUUGACAAGUUGCAGUCUCCAGAGUCAUUUGCGAAGAGCAUCCAGGAGCUGACCAUUGUCCUGCAGAGGACGGGAGACCCUGCCAACCUCACGAGUCUCAGAGCUCACCUGGAACUGCUGGCCAAUAUAGACCACAAUACAGAUGAUGCAGCACCACCCUGGGAGGAGCUGGAAAAUGUGAUGCUUGCUGUAAAGUUGGUGGUUCACGGACUCGUAGAAUUCAUCCAAAACUUCAGCAAGAAGAACCACGAGACUCCGCAGCCUCAGGUCAACAGCAAGUAUAAGACCAGCAUGUGCAGAGAUCUGCGCCAUCAAGGAGGAUGUCCGAGAGGAAGCAACUGCACAUUUGCACACACACAGGAUGAACUUGACAAAUUUCGUCUGAGGAACAAGAAGAGCAGCAGCAUUAGCCGUGCAUUCCCUUCACCCGGGGGAAAAACUUUCAAGAUGGAGGACAGUGUCCACCCUGAUGGGUCUGCAGGAGUUGGAGAGGACACCCUGGCAGAGGGCGGCCCUCAUCCACAACUCAUUUCCAGGGGAGCCGACACCAUGGAGGCCGUUAAGAGGGUUGUGUCCAGUGAAUCUAUUUGCACAAGUGGGAACAACGGGCUGACUGAAGCCAGUAUGACCUUAAGGGGCUCAGCUGAGCAGAAGCCCGUGUCUCCACCCAUAACUCACACCAGCCGCCCCUCAGCGUUGUCUCCUUUGACCGCCAAGGCACGGAUGACUGAUGGGGGCGGGGGCCCCGUGUCUAAACAUGGUAGUCCCCUCAUGCUGCGAGUGCCUCAUCCUUCUCAGCCCUCAGAGCAGUUCUACCAGGAGCAACAAUCUGCGUACGACACGGCCCACCACCAGCCAAAUUCAGGUUGCUACUACCCAUCUCCUCUCCAUCCUCCACACAAGCCCUGCGUGGCUCGCUUCCUCAGAUCUUCAAACGUCCCAGAAUCCUCCCUGCCACCAUCCUCCUUUGCCAGUGAUGCUCAAAUAAGCCAUCAUCCCCCCUCCUCUUCUUCCACCGGAUAUCCACCUCAUCCACCCAGGGAGCGCAUGGGACCUCCCAUCUUCCACCACAACCCAGGGCAGCCUCAGUACGGACCGCUGGCCUCUGCCCAUGGGGUUUAUGCACCUCUCUAUGACAGCAGAAGAGUGUGGAGGCCUCAGCUGUACAAUCGAGAGGACGCAAGGAGUAAUUCGCUGCCUCCAGAGGUGCUGCAUUCCUCUGUCUACCAGCCUCCACUCAGGGAGAGAUUCAACUCGCUAGACAGCAACUACUGCUCGGCCUCAGAGCACCGAGCAGCGCUGCACAGGGAGUACGGCCACGUUCCUCUGGUCUAUGAUGACCUGUUCCGACGAAAGCAAGAACAGUGGGCGCAUCACCACCACCAUCAUCAUCAUCACAGCACCAGAAGGCCCUCCCAACCCUCCGCCAUCUUCAACAUUGAUUUCGGACCUGAGCAUGUGGAGAGCAGGGCAGGUCAGUGUGUUGGGUGCUGCUUCAAAGGUGACGAGAGCUUGGCGCACUACACGCCGUGGUCCUGCGGCGCCACCAUCGGGCCCUGUCUCAGCCCUUUUGAGCCUGAGGUGCUCACACAGGCUGCGUCUCACGCUGCCUUUGAGCAGUCGCAGUUGGAUAGCUGCAGCAGUGGUGUGAGCGGCAGCGGCGGUGUCAUUAAUGGUGCCGGUGCAAAGCGUUGGCUGCACUCAUUAGAUCACUGCAGGCGACUGAAAGAAGAGGACCCCAUCAUCCCCUUCAGUGAGGGACCCAUCAUCUCCAAGUGGGGGGCCAUAUCCAGGGCGUCCCGCUCGGGCUAUCACACCACCGAGCCUAUCCAAGCCACCGCUUGCCAGGGUGGCGCUCGUACCACGCCCAUUAACUUUAAAGAUUACAAUUGCCACUUAGAUCGUGGCGAGUACAGGUGGAGCUCCAGGGGAUCCAACUCUUCCAGCCACUCCAGUUUCCUUGAGAGCGAGCAGCUUUGUCAACAUUCGUCGAGCGAGAAAACUGCAUGUGCUCCGCAAAGCCACCAGACAGCCUUCAGCCAGGAUCAGGACCUUGAGGAGAGCGAGCCAGGCCCGGAACGAGACAUUGAGCUGGAACUGUGUGCUCUGGACAUGGAGGACUCGGACCCCCGAGAAAUCAAGUCUCAGGAUUCUAUGGACGUCGCCACGGCAUAUUCCGAGGACGCUUCUCGCCUCCUCCCACUUUCCUGCUCCUCUUCACUCCUGUCAUCCCCACUGGAGGAACAACACCAUGCUGAGGACCCUUCGACAGAAAAGAUGGACACUUACCUUCUGAAAAAGAUGGCCUUUAGAAAGUCGUUGUCUCCUGUAGGCUUGGCGUCAGGUGGCCUGGCCGUCGGCAAGCUGGUCCUGCGGACCGGGACGGCCCGACCUGGUGGCGACUCGUCUCCACGCUCUUGCCCCAAAACGCCCGGGGCGGAGAUGCUGCUCAGCGGGAGCUAAGGAACAUUUCCAAUCGCAACAUCUUCACCCUCCACCCACACCUUGUCCUGUACUGAUGCAGUUUACACACAGUUGAUUCUGUUGUGGUUUCACAAAGCAGUCACCCAUGUUCAGACCAUGUUAAGGCAAGUUCUACAAAUUUACAAGCUCCCGCUUUUUUUUUGAAAAGUAUCUGUUAGUGUGCUAUGAAUUUGAAAUUACCGUGCAUACUUUGUGUAUUGCUUGUGCCUUGGAAAAACAUUGUAUCCCUAAAGUUUUCCCAUCACUCAUCGAUACAUGCCUUCCAUGUACUUGUGGUUUUAUUUAAAGUGGAACUCCCAAGUCCAACACAGUCACAUGACUUCCAAGUUUUCUUCAUUUUCGAAACAAUUUUACCAUUGAAAAUAAUGCAAAAUGAAAUCUGUUUCAGGCUCAUACGACACAACAUUGCAGACUCUUAAACAGACACAAUGAGAGUGAAUAGGUAAGAUGUACUUGCCCUCAAAUUGUACUGAGGAGCCAGAACUUUUCCUUUUUUUUUCUAUUUACCGUACUAUAAGGUUGCACACGGCAUAUUUAGUUUUGCUCUCAAGAGAGCGCAGACCUUUUAGGACCUCAGUAACUACAUUGAGGUUAAAUAUUUAUCCUUCCGACUAAAAACAUGCUUGUUAGGGUCAGUAAAGACUCUAAAUUGACCAUAGGUGUGAUUAUGAGUGUGAAUACCAUGUGUCCCCUGUGACAGAUUUGCAACCAGUCCUAUUUCCUUCCCUCUCGCUCAAAGUCAGCUCAGAUUCACUGUCAUUUUUUCCCAAACCAAAACCCAUCAGGGAACAUAACAAUAACAGUCACCGAUAUGCAUUUCCGUUUAUAAUAUUUAAUGUAUUUAAGAAUUGGUUAGUUGUAAGUACAUUUAUUAUAAAAAUAUGAUUAUUUAUAUUUAAUGAAAUUAGAGAGCCAUUAAAUUGGAAUACUUUUCCUAAAUUGUCUCAAAACACACAGGAUCAAAUACAUUUGUACAAAUUUGAAUAUGUCUACUUCAACGGAUUUUAGAUCCACCAGUGUGUCAGUUCAGAGAAAAUAGUGGGGAAUCUUGCCAUAAAUAAAUGGUGUAACCGAUUUCAAGAGGUGGCUUGAAACAGUCGACGCAAUUCCGAUGUUCACAGCGCUUUUGCCCAAAUUCCCACGGAAACGAGCAACUGAAGCCUUUUUGAAGGAAUCUAGAAACAGCAUCUUAAGAAUAACCAUGCAGUACAUCCUAAUCGUAAAGAACAGGAGCCCUACAAAGCAUUCGAGUGUGACGUGACACAAACACAAAAUAUCCACCUGCAAAAACAUGUAUUUGCAAAAUUACACUUUGGAUUUUCUCUCAAACAUUGAUUCAUCAUAUUAAUGUCACACAGGCUUUUUGUGUGUUUUAAAAUCAGCUUUAGCCCAUAAUUUGAUCCACCCCAGUUGUUCUCAAAGUGUGUUACAGUUAGCACUCCCUCUUAUGGUGUGUGAAAGGAACACUGAGUUAAAAAUGUUACAGUAGCUUAAACUUUUUAGAAAUCCAGUGCAGUAACCCUGUAAAGUACAAGUCAGUUGUAUUGGACUUAUAAAUUCAAUACAUUUGCAUUUAAGAUGCAAAUUAUUUGUUUUUCAAACAUUUACUCUGAUAUAAUUUCCAUUGAAACUUUUCUGUGCACUACCAUUUCAUUUAAUAGUGAUUUAACUGUUAAAUUUAGAACUAAUCAAUGUUCACAAUUUUAACUUUCAACUAUUUAGUUAAUCAAUAGAGUCACGGGCAUGCUGGAGCAAGUCCCAGCUAACUAUGGGCGAGAGGCGGGGUAAGCCUGAACUGGUCGCCAUCCAAUCACAGGGCACACAUAAACAACCAUUCAUAUUUAAGCCAACUUUUUCCCCAUAUUUAAGUCUAUUGUUAAUGCUCAAACUGUGCAAAAUGUUACAGUGGCUUGCAAUAAUACCAAAUAUAAUUUUUAGGGAUAAUUUCUUUUUUAUAUAUAUAAAUGCUCAGACCUACUACACUACUGUAGAGUAUUUUAAUGUUAAUAGUGAUGGUAGUAUUUUGAGAGCUUUGUAUUUUUAUAGGUAGUACUUGGCCCGAGUUCAAAUGACCCGGAACAUACUACGUAUUUGUUAAAAAUGGACGUUGUUUCUUAACUUUAAACAAUUUGACUCAUUUUACAAACUUUCCCUAUGAUGUAGUUAGUAUAACUUCAUUCUAACUGUACUUCCUUCCCACUUAAGUUUUGCAAUGCAGAAAUAUCGGGAAGCAAUGAAGACAUGAUUAUGCCAUCUCAGUCAUUUUAAGAUAAUGCAACACAUUUGGUGGUCAGCUUUGAAAUCUUAACUCCAGCAGGAGUCGACAGACAACAAAUGUCGUCUCUAUGCCAAUACUCAAAAGUGUUUGUGAUAACUGUGUCAUAUGAUGCUUUGAACCCGGCGCCACCAAUGAAACAGAAAGCUAAUGGCGCGGUCACGAGAGGCCAUGACAGAAUGCUGAGUCAGCGCUGCAAUUGACACCAGAAUUGCAAUGUAAUCGAGGAAAUUGAGGGUGGAGAUUCUUGGUGUUGUAUAUGACAUACUUACAAGUGUGGAGAACCUCAGGCCUGUGGGCAAUUCUUAAAUACACCCUCAGGGGCACGGUUUUGAAAAAAACAAAACAAAAAAAAAAGUUACCCACCUGCACGGAUUCUUGUGUUUACUUGUGCUCCGUUGUUUGUUUUGUUUGUGCAUUUUUAUGCACCGCUAACUUCUGUGAAGUUGUUUGUCUGAGUAUUUUGUAUCAGGAAUGCAGUCACUAUCUUCAACUUAAUAGCACGGUGUCUUAAAUCUUUGCCGGUCAUCCGAUCUGCUUUAGUCCGUAAUGUACUCUCCAUAAUAGAACAUGUUGGUUCUGAGUGGUUGAUGUGCAUACAUCCUCUCUAAGUAUGCAUAUUUUGUCAGGGAAUAUGAAAACAGCUUGGGAAACCUAAUAUUUUGUACGUUUUUGUAUGUCUAGGAAGUUUAGCUCUGUGAGCCACUGUUGCAUUUGUUUACAACGCUUUUGGAGUCAUCCACGUAACUAUAAUCAUUAAAUAUUCAAUUCAUUGAAUGAAUGAUUUCUGCGAGAUAAUCUUCCUGUUGUCAAGCUUGGCUGGAGGUUUCCUCAGGGAAAAAAAAUAAUUGUGUUGCUCUGCUAUUAUAGUCAUAAUGUUUAAUAUUCCGUGGAAGUACUGCAUUUCCUCAUAGUUGCCAAGGAAAUUUUUCCUCAACAGCAGAGUCGCAGGUGUGUAUUGGGGGUAGGGUGUUUUAUGAAUAUUAAUAAAUAAUUAAAAUAUUAAUUCUAUCUAUCUAUCUAUCUAUCUAUCUAUCUAUCUAUCUAUC